UGAGGUAGAAUUAUGUAGAAAGUGUUAAGAAUGGGGGGAGACUGCCUGGUCCUGCACUGCAUCUGUUGUUCAGAGAGUGAUCAAGCAUCUGUACUUCUGAUAGAGACAGGAAUACUGGAAGAGAAAAGCAGGUGGGGGAACUUGCAAGGAAGGAAUCUAUCUCUUUGCAAGUGCUGUAGAAAUGUAUAGGAUGUAUCAAUAUGUUUCUCUUUUUCUCUCUUUGUUUCUUGCUGCGCUACUGUUUGGCUACCACCUGGCACACAGGCAGUUGGUGGAUUUUUUUGCAUGUGCCAUGCAUUUUUUCCUAAAGCAGCAAUUCUUAACUUAUGGAUUGCAACCCAAAUAAGGGUCCCCAUGUUGUAGAUUUGGUCUCCUACAUAAUGUGAAAUUCUUUUCUAUGUUUGAAUGUAGGAAACCCAUUCAUCUGCAUAAUUUGGGUCAUCUGAGCAAAAAUGUUAAGAAUCACUGCCCUAAAGAAAGAAUGUCAUAUUUAUGCUUUUUCAUAAUGUAAGCAAUAAUUUUAUAACCUGACACUUUAGCUUUAAACCCAUAACCCUGCUUUAGAACCAUUAUACUUAUUACACAAAAUGUCAUAUUUAUGUUAACAACCUCUUCAUUUCAUAUUCAGUUGAAAUGACUCUCUUAUUUUUACUGCAUAUUAUAUUUUCAUUUAGGUUGUUUUUAUUUUUGAACAGAUGAAAUCCUCUGGACAUUGUAAAGUCACUAUAGCUGUUAUCAGCUUUGUCAGUUUGACUCUUGUUACAGCUGUCAUUGCUGCUGUUGUCAUAGUUGUUGUUCUUGGUCGAAACAGUUCAGUAUCAGACCCCACCAUUAACUAUUAUAAUGGUUCUUUUAGGAUAACUAAUAUAAAUUACACAGAUGAUUAUAAAAAUAGCCAAAGCGAUGCAUAUAAAUCAAUGUCUGCACAAAUUGAAGGAAUUAUUUCAAAAACUUUUGACAACUCUGAUGUGAAGAACCAGUACAGCUCAACAAAGGUCAUAAGCAUAAGGUAGGUUAGAGCUCAAAGUAGUGUAAAUAAUGCUUCUUAAUUUAAUAUUGCCUUUUUAUUUUUUUAUUUUGCAUGUAGCGCUUGCUCUG